AAUGAUUUGAAACUACAAGUCCCAUAUCGCGUUGUACUUCCGGUGGAUUUUGCGUAACGCUUGGAGUGAGACGGAAACUGACAGUUGACAAGGUGGUCUGCAGCCACAGCUUCUUCAUGCUGACCAGUAUCCUUCGCUGUGUUCGGCCCGUUUCCACCAGCAUUGCCAUAAACCGGUCUUUGGCCCACUUCAAACCACUCAUGGACCCGGACCCAAGCCGACCCGUUGAGAAGGCUAUCAGAACUAAACUGACCAACACUCUAAAACCAGAUCACUUGGAGGUCUUCAAUGAAAGUCACAUGCAUGCCGUGCCCCCCGGUUCUGAAUCCCAUUUUCGUGUCCUGGUUAUCAGCUCACAGUUUGAAGGUCUGUCGCUGAUACAGCGCCACCGUCUGGUUAAUGAGACUUUAAAGGAAGAGCUGAGUAGCUGUGUUCAUGCGCUGGCUAUACAGGCAAAAACUCCAGACCAGUGGAGGAGCAACCCCACCCUGAACAAGAGUCCACCAUGCAUGGGAGGCUCAAGGGGAGGUCCCACAGUGGAGGAGAAGCUGAACGCUGGACAGAAGUAACGCACAUUUGGACUUGGCAAUAUUUUGUUUAUUCACGUGGUUAGCGAUAGUAUGCGAGUAUAGUAUAUUAGUAUAGUCUAGUCUGCUGCUACCCUACUAGAGUUAAUUUUUCUCAUUGCUCAUGAUCUCUGUUUUCAAAAUUGUGGAGUAAUUAGCUCAUGUCACUGACAAGAAGCCCUCCAACAGGUUCCUGUGUCAUCUAAGCCCUGUAUGUUUGUACUGACAUGUAGUAUUAAAUGCCAAGAAGAUUGCUCUGUAAUGAGUUCAACACCUGAAAGUCAGUUAUGAAGUAAACAAAUCACUAAUAAAGAGCAUGAAAGAUUCAGAGAAA